AUGACCGCUGAUAAGAAAGAAUUGGUGAAAAGGUGGAUGCUUUUGUGGCAAAAAACGAGAAUUUUUGCAGAGAAUGCCGGUUUGAGCCCCUUACUACGUUCGAUGCAGGAUUAUGCUUGGAUUCAAAGCGGAAUGAUAUUUCCUUUCAUAGCUUAUGUGAAUAGGUUUCAAGGCAGACUGAACUUAAUGAUAACAAGUCCUGUGAUCUACGUUCUGUAUAGAAGAGGCAUUUUUGGCGGAAAAUGGUUUGUUGAAAUGUUGAUGGUUGAAAUUAAUGCGGCGGCUGGGAACUUGAAUUAUCUGCGUACUCUUAUAAGGAUACUAACAAUAAAAAUAAGGCUCCUACGGCAUCUUUAACUGGCGACAUCCAUAAUCACGACCAACACACAGCCUGUUCAAACAAAAAACAUAGCUUGGAAUGGGGGCGUUGAUUGAUGACCAGCAUAUGUGAGGUAAUUGGGCUAUCUUUAAAUCCAUCCUUCCAACUUGCAAAAUAAUUCAAAACUUGUGUCUAUACUUACCAUUCUAUUGGUCUAUUGGGCAAGAUCCAAAUUCAAAAUUCUUAACAGGGAUGUUGGAUAUUUAUGGCUUUGAGGGUUUUAAGACAAACAGGUGCUUAACCGAUAUGCUUAAUCUUCUUCGUAUUUAGAAACCCUGUUUUUGCUAUAUUUCAAUAAUUUCUUAUGCUACGCAGUAUCUUAAUGAUGAUCAUUCUAGCAUGACGUUUAAUGGAAUGGUUUCCUUUCAUCUAUGCAUUACAAUUGUACUAUUUUUACUUUUCUGCCUUGUAUUCUAUUUCCAGUUAAUUAUCUAUGGUUGCAACAAAUAUGAAGUUGUAGCUUUGAUGAUAAGGUUUUUACUUUAAAUGCUUGAUGAUCAUGCUAUAGAGUGAUUAUUCUCAUGUUUCUCACACUUUCUCUUGCAGCUUUGAGCAGUUCUGUAUAAAUUUAACUAAUGAGAAACUGCAGCGACAUUUCAAUUAGGUGCACAUAUCAUAUUCUGGUAUAUUUAUCGUAAUAAAUGUAGAAGGUUGAUAUAUAAAGACAGAAAGUACAAUUUUUCUUUAAGAUGGCAUGUUGUGUUUUCUGGCAGCGUGUUUUCAAGUUACGUGAUUAAAGUUACAGCAUAUUUGUGCCUUGUUUCCAACAGUUUUUGUCUAAUAUAUUUAUAUCAGGGCACUCAGAAGUCCAUAAAAUCAUGCACGUACGUAUAAUAUGUUUGUAUUAAAUUGACUAUAUAUAUAUAUAUAUAUAUAUAU